AUGUUAAGUCCCCAGGAAGAAGAUCUCGAGAAGCUGGCAGAGACAUGCCUCGCAACGGCAAGACAGAUCAAAGAGUACCUCUCCGCAAAGAAUCACCCUCUCCCUAGCUUCGACGAGAACGGUCCAUCUUCGUUUCCACCCGGUGCGACGCCCGAGUUCCAACAGACCCGGCUUGAGCUGCGCACGGCAGCCAAGCGACUGUAUGAUCUCGCCUCCGGGCCGGACGAUGUCGUGACGUGGCAUCUCUACCACUGCAACCACGACCUAAACGCCUUCCGCUAUGUGUACAGAUACAACGUGGCCGCGGGGGUCCCCCUGAAUGGCACAAUCAGCUACGCCGACCUCGCAGACAAGCUGGGGCUCGACGCAUCACAACUCAAGCAGAUGUUGCGGCAGGUUAUGCCACUCCACGUCUUCAGAGAACCUGAGCCGGGGUUGGUGGGCCACACGGCCGCAUCGCGACUUCUCGUCACCCACGCCGGGAUCGCGACCUUUAUGGGGUUUUUGGUCGAAGACACGUUCCCGCUGUGCGCGGUCCAGGUCGACGCGCUGGAGAAAUGGGGCCACGGACGGCCCGAACCCACGAGGACCGCGCUCAGCUAUUACUACGACACGGACCUCCCCUGCCACGAUUACUACGAGACCAACCCGGCUGUGCGCGACCGGUUUGGGAGGCUGAUGACACACCUGACCGCGAAUCCGUUGAUGGCUAACGGGCACGUCGCGCGCGGGUUCGACUGGAAGGCCUUGCCGAAGGAUAGCGUCGUGGUCGACGUCGCCGGAAACGCUGGGCACUGCGCCAUCCCGAUCGCCGAAGCCACGGACCCGAGCGUGCGCAUCGUCGUACAGGACCUUCCCAAAGUGGUAUCCGCGGCGCGCGACCCAGCCACGAGCGUGAUCCCAACCCACCUGCGCGACAGAUUCGAGUUCAUGGCGCACGACUAUUUCACGCCGCAACCCAUCCACGGCGCCUCCGUCUACUUUUUGAGGAUGAUCAUCCACAACCAUAGCGACGCCCUGGCCAUCAAAGUCUUGAGACAUAUCGUCCCCGCCAUGACUCCCACAUCGCGCAUCGUGAUUAUGGACCAGGUCAUGCCGCCUGCCGUGGGAAUGCUGCCCGAACCGCUCGAGCGCAUCAAGCGGUCCCAGGACUUGCAGAUGAUGUUACUCCUGAAUGCAAAGGAGCGCGACGAGCGAGAGUGGGCGGAUUUGUUGGCCAAGGCCGGUGAAGGGUUGGUGGAAGACGUCUUUGCCGCCGCCGCAGCGGGAGAGGGAGAGGAUAAGGGUGAUGCUAGCAAAGGGAAAGUGAAGAAGUUGGGCAUUGUGGCCAUAAGGACUCCGCCGGGGAGUAUGAUGAGUUUGAUUGAGGUCGGCUUCGUGGAUGAGGAGGCCAUCGCAAACGGCGAGGCGGGCGAGGCUGAAGACGGUGCAGAUAGUUCUGGCGCGAAUCGUAAGUGA